ACCCCCCACGCCAUCCAUUCGCGGAUUCGCCCAUUGUUUCCGCAGCGGCGGCCAGCGGCAGCGGCAACGUGAGCGAAAACGAGGGCCGUACAAUUUCUGGCAUGGCCCGAGCCUACAUUACCGCCCGAGCCCCCGGCACUGCAAAGGUUUGGGCGUUGCGCCAUCGAUCGCGCCCGCUGCCUGCGCCUGCGCCGGUUGAUUGAUUCGGGCGCGCGGUCCCGGCCAUGGCGCAACUGCCGCCCAAGAUCCCCACCAUGGCGCCGGCCUGGCCGGAGUUCGGGGGCGGGCACCACCACAGCGCCCACGCCCGCCACCACCAUCACCAACGCAGCCCCUCCACGGGCGCCUUCCUCGCCGAGUCAAUGCCGCCGCUCCCGCCCCCGGUGCCCGCCAGUGGGGACGGGGCGCAGCAGCAGCCUUCCUGGGUCGACGAGUUCCUCGACUUCUCGGCCGCCAAGCGUGGCGCGCACCGCCGCACGGUCAGCGACUCCAUCGCCUUCCUCGACGACAGCAAUGCCGCCAUCGGGGAGAACGAGCUCGACCGCCUCGACGACAACCAACUCAUGUCCAUUUUUUCCGACGAGUUGGCCCCACAGCGGCAAGCGCAGGCGGCGAGCGCGUCGUCGCCGUCUGAUCACAACAGCAUCAACGACGGGAAGCAGGACAAGGGCGACACCGAGGAGGCGCAGAGCGAAUGCAAUGGCGAUGGCGCGGCGCCUGGGCAGCUGUCCUCGCCCGCCACAGUCGAUCCCAAGCGGGUCAAGAGGAUCCUUGCAAAUCGGCAGUCGGCACAGCGGUCACGCGUGCGCAAGCUGCAGUACAUCUCGGAGCUUGAGCGCAGCGUCACGUCGCUCCAGACGGAGGUGUCGGCAUUGUCCCCGCGCGUGGCAUUCCUCGACCACCAACGCUCACUGCUGACGCUGGGGAACAGCCACCUCAAGCAGCGCAUUGCGGCGCUCGCGCGGGACAAGAUCUUCAAAGAUGCUCAUCAGGAGGCACUGAAGAAGGAGAUAGAGAGGCUGAGGCAAAUCUACCAGCAGCAGAGCCUUAGGAACGUAGAACCCCCGGCACACGACGACGGCCCCCUGGCCCGCAGCGACAACAAUGGCUUGAUCGCCGGCGAGGGGACCGCCGCACCCUCAUGAUCAAGAUCCGGCCCGUCGGCCUCAGGACAACCAAGUGUUGUCGCUAUGCUUCUUGCUGUUGUUGUUAGGAUUUGGUGCAUUCCAUUGGCUUGGUUUGCAUUCUUCGGGGUGUGAUGAGAUUAUGUAUGUAACUCAGUUUGUUCAUUCCGGUGGGUGGUUGCUAAUUUGUUCAUUCUCGGGUCCUCUGUCUGCUCCUGAUUAUUCUUCUCUACUUCCCCUGAUCUGUAAUUUUUUCCCCGACAUUUUGGGCGAAGGUUGUAGCUAAGGAUUUGUAACUCAGAUUGGUUGAGGUCGAGUGGUUUCAUUGCUUGGCGGGUUUUGUUCUA